AUGCCCAUGAAGCUGUGCGGGUCUGGCAAAGCCACCACACCGCUUGAGCGCUAUGCCAGAUCUCUGGCAGAAGGCGCGGAUGCAUUUUCAAAGGAAACGCCACGCAUGCUGUUCCCAAUGUACACAGUGCCACUUGCGGAGUUGAUGAACAUGUCGGAGAUCGAUCCGCAUGAGGUCUUGAUGGACAAAGGUAUGCUGGUGGAGUUUGAGGACAGCAUGGGCAGCGCUGCCUUUGUUUCCCACCAAUGGGUUGGCAACCAGCAUCCGGAUCCCGAGUUCAAGCAGCUGCGGGUGCUUCAGGAUGCUUUCCAUCAUAUGCUGUCCAAGAUGACGCACAUCCCCCUAGACCAGCUUACAGAGUCACUUGUGCCGAGAUCAAGGUCCCUUGAUUUACAGGCCAUGAAGGCCCAACCACUCUUCGUGUGGUAUGACUACUUUUCCUGUCCACAGCUCGAGUCGCACAUCCCGGACCGAGUGGUCCACCAGAUGAGCAAUCUUGACCAGGCCAUCAGUAGCAUCCCAGCCUACGUUUCUAGAAGUACCUUCUUCUUUGCCCUGUGCCCAGUCGUUGACAGCGAAAGUCAGGGCAAGGUGUUCACGCAAGGCACCUGGGCAAGCCGUGGCUGGUGCAAGUUUGAGGCAGCAUGCCGGGAAUUGUCUCCAGAUUCUUCGUGGAUCUUGAUCAAAAGCCGCACAGACGUGACUCUCAUUGCUACGCCAUUGGCAUCCAUUGCACAAUCGCCGGGUGAGGGGGCCUUCAGCGUGGAAACGGACAGACGGCUGCUGGCACCAAUCAUGCUGCAAGCCAUCAGGCGCAAGUUGCAUUACUGCUUGAGGAGAAGAGACUUCGUCAGCUACCGUGUUCUCUUGAGUCUUCAGAAGGUUCAUCUGCGAGGCUUCCAGGCGCAGCCCCUGGGGAAUCUGAUUCCUGGUUACUCAGAACCGGAGUUGGUCGUCUCAGAGUCUGCCCGAUCAGUGUCCCACUUCCUUUACCAGUAUGGUUUUUCUUCAGUGAGGGCAGUGGACAGUCAGGGCUGGGCGCCCCUACACUAUGCAGCUCUGUCCGGGGAUGCAACUUUGCUCAGAGACUUGUUGGAGCAGCGUGCUGAUCUGAACUGUGUCACGAAGAAGGAUCAACAUCUGGCAGGGAUGCCCCCUUUUGCAUCGGCACUUGCCAUCUCUGCUUCCUUCAACCACAACGAGUCUGUUCGCCUGCUGCUUUCGUGCAAGGCCCGUCCGGGUGGCCUCCUGCAGCCGGCGAUGGUCAUGGCUGCGCUGGGAAACAACGCAGCAGCCAUUCGCAUGUUGUGCGAAAGUGGAUGCAGCCCGAACACCAAGGACGUGUUUGGCUUCUCCGCUUUUGAAGCUGCUUGUGGUUUUGGCAACAUGGAAGCCGCGAAGGAGAUCCUCCGUCAGGGAGGUGAUACUGUCGAUGUAUCUCGCGGGCUCUACUGCGGCAUGACCAACAGAGGAGGUACAGCCGAGCUUGUGGAGUUUUUGCUCAGUCUUCGUGCUGAUGUC